GGAGGUGGUGCUUGGACAGAUUUUCAGAGGCCUGUCUCACUUGGCAUAGAUCAGAUCAUUUACAAAAACCCACAUCCUCUAAAGCCGCUCAGCCAAUAGAAGGCAAAACAAGAGAAACUCAUCACUGGCCGUUGUUAGCAUCCUCAGCCCACCGCAGGACGAACAGCAGCCGGCUGUGGUGUCAAAACACAUAGCUGGUGAGCUCGCUGUGUGCAGGUCCAGAAAGUAUGCGCGUGGAGCCAUUGAGCGGUGAGUUGGACGUCAGCAACGGAACCUGGGCUCUCUCCGAGCACUCCUUGCUGCAGCCCGUCUGGGAUUACCUUCAGCAGAACCACGAGGGCACCUUGCGCUCCCCUCUGUUCCCCGUCGUCCUCUCUGUGUCCACGUACCUGGUGCUGGUGUUGUUCUUCACCGUGCUGGACCUGCUGGCUCCCACCUGGCCCUCCAUCCGCCGUUAUCAGAUCCAUCAGGACCGCACGGUCACCUGGUCCAACAUCGGCACCACGUUGGCUCUCACCACAUACAACCAUCUGCUGUACAUCUUCCCCGCCGCCGUGGCCCAGUGGCUUUGGCGACCACCCAUGCCGUUACCCCGGGAGGCACCCACCGUCUCCGCCUUCCUGCUGGGCGUCGUGGGGUGCACGGUGGUGUUCGACUUCCAGUAUUACUUAUGGCACCUCCUGCAUCAUCGCGUGGGCUGGCUGUACCGAAACUUUCAUGCGCUCCAUCACCAGUAUAGCCAACCCUUCAGCCUGGUUACGCAGUACCUGUCCGCCUGGGAGCUGUUCAACGUUGGAUUCUGGGCCACGGCGGACCCCUUGCUUCUCCAGUGCCACUGUCUUACCGCCUGGGCAUUCAUGAUCUUUAUCAUCUGGGUGUCCACGGAGGACCACUGCGGCUACGACUUCCCUUGGGCCAUGCACCGGCUGAUUCCCUUCGGCCUUUGGGGGGGGACACUGCGGCACGACGCUCACCACCGGCAGCCGGGCACUAACUUUGCCCCUUUCUUUGCCCACUGGGACUGGCUGGGGGGCACGGCCACCAUGCCCCCUCCAAUGAAAACGAAGCGGAAUAGAGAUAGAAAGGCAGCCUGAGGCUCUGUUUGUCCCGCUCCCUAUCCCUUUUCACACUCUCUCGCUCUGCCUCUUAAUCAUCUCUUUAAAAUCACUCUUGUCGCUGCAUUCGUCCCGCCCUGUCUCGCACAUUCUCUUUAGCUAUUCAGCUAUUCAUCGGUCCACAUGUCAUUUUUCAGAACUACAGAUCAAGUGUCUUACUAACAAACGAGUAGAGAAACGAGGUGAAGCAUCCCCAACGGAAGCGCCUUGGUCCUCUGUGUUUGUUUGUUUGUUUGUUUGAAUGUAUAAAAUGUCUAUUCUUGCAAAUUUAUAUAUUUUUCUAAAACCUCGCAACUGUUCACCAAUUACAGGAGGUUAUGUGUGAUAUCUCAGGUUAGUAGUUUUGGCCUUAUUUGUAGAAAAGUUCUUCGCAAUUUCUUUUUUAUGAAAAAUCUUUGUAUUGUGUGCGUACAGAAUUGCUUGUAUUCCAAUGCUUCUUAUUGUAUUUUCACAAAACUUUAUUCAAUAAAAUGCUAUGUUCUUUAUUAA